CGAAACCCGCCCUGAGCCAAAGUGCCAGGCGCGGAUCAAGAUUAUCAGCAGAGGGCUGGCAGUGGCACUCCAGGCACCCACUCUACCCCGCCCGGGCCUCGCCAGUACCACAGUUUGCUGCAGGAGGAGGAUGAGUUGAGUCAUGAGUCAUGGCCUCAGCCCACCACCACCAGCACACCCGCAAUGGCAUUAAAGUGUUCAGGAUCGUGGUGCUGGGAGAAGGUGGGGUGGGCAAGUCAGCUCUCACCCUACAGUUUGUGAGCCACAACUUCCUGGAGUACCACGAUCCAACCAUUGAGGAUGCAUACCAGCGGCAGGCUGUCAUUGAUGGAGAGCCCGCACUGCUGGACAUUCUGGACACUGCUGGGCAGAUUGAAUUCACUGCUAUGCGUGACCAGUACAUGAGAUGUGGCGAAGGUUUCUUGAUCUGCUACUCCCUCACUGACCGCCGCAGCUUUGAGGAAGUGGCUGGUUACAAAAAAUUAAUCACCAAAGUGCGUGCUGCAGAUUCUAUUCCUAUUGUUCUAGUGGGAAACAAGGUUGACUUAGAUGAUCGGAAGGUCACCACAGAGGAAGGGCAGGCUCUGGCACAAGCAAUGGGAUGCCCAUUUUUCGAAACUUCAGCAGCUCUUCGCCAUUUUGUUGACGAUGCCUUCCAUAUGCUGGUGAGAGAAAUACGAAAGAAACAGAAGGAGGCAGCUGGAGGGGCGACAUCUGAGAGAAGCAAGCCCCUCUCCCGAUGGGCAAGAUUUAAGAACCUAUUUUUGUGGAUAUUCCGCCGGCCUCGCUACAAGAUGGUGUCUUGCACUGGGUGAGUAGAUUGCAAGACACUCUGUUCUGAAGUGAAUCUCAGCACAAAACUUGAAAAAAUGUGGAUGAAUUUUAAGAGAAUUCUUCAUUUUACUAAAUGUGUAUCUAAGGAUUAUUUCAUUGUAUUGUAGGGAAAAAAACAUACAAAACUGUGCUUUACUUGGUGUGUCAGGAACCCUUAUGAUAAAUACUUAAAAUCUGUAUAGCAGCUUGUCUCUGCACGCUUACUUACUGCUGUCAGGCUUAUGACCUGAUGAGGUAACAUUCUGUGUAGGACUUUAACAUCAACUCUGUUCAGUUUGGCUUAUGAAUAAGAAUUUUUACAACUUUCAGAUGAAGGCCUUACAAUAAUGAUAACAAUUGCAGAGUACUGCCAGUACUGUAUGAUAAUAUACUAUAAGGAUAUAGCUUUGGGUGGCAUGAGCUUUUAAAAAGUGAGUUUGCUAUACACCGUAUAACGGAAGUAGCAUUAGAAUAAUUACGAACAAAUGAUUGCACACACUAGUUCCUUUAUUCCCUUUUUGAAAACUGAAUGCCACAAUCUAAUCCAUAAGUAAUAAAGAACAAGGAACAUCUCAGUGGAUUUCCACACAAAAUUAUGAAAGAAAUCAGUGUGUAUUCAAGUGACUGCUACUUGAAUUAAAUAAACAGAAAGCAUUGAACAUGGAGCAAAAGCAUUGAAAAUAACAUACAUUCCAUAUCUCAUUACUAAUGACUGUAAAUGAACCAGACUCACUGUACAUAUUCCAUUGUUCAAAAAAUGUGUGACCACCAUGGAGUGUUAUGAAAGUAAAUGCUUUUUGGCUAUUAAAUAAGAAACACACACGCAUAUUACUUGCAGAUAACAAGCUUUAACCAUCUUUAUAUUGUAAACUUUAAGAUUGCAGCUUUAAUACAUUUGAAGAUGUAUUCUCUGCUAACAAAGUUAAAACAGUUUCCUCUAUAGAAUUAUAUAUCUGAAAUUCACUAUCAGUAUUCAACAGACUUCAGAGCUCGUAAAGGUACUUCAUUCUUUGUUGUUGUUUGUUGUCUUUGUAAUUCAGAAAAAUAUGCACUCUAAGCUAUCUGAAAUUUUGUGUAUUAACAUGUAAUUAUUACAGUUUUAAGGUAUCCAGAUUUGUAAAUCUUGUACUGUGAAUAUUUCCUAGUAUUUCCUCCCAUUAGUCACUAGUGCUCUGAGUUAGCAGUGUUUCAGGUGCAUUACAUCUGCUCUGAUCUGUUGGUAUUUUAGUCAGUGGUUUUGUUACUUCCUUGUGAUUGCAAUGGAAAUCAGUGACACCAGUGUACACACUUGCUGUUAUGCAAAAAAUAUGUUUGAUGCAAGUGGAUGUGUUUAGAUUUAAUUGAUUUAUCAAAAUAAGCUUGAUAAUGAUGAUGUGCUUUAGAGGGCCUCAUGCAUUUAUCAUAUGAACUUGUGAUAUUGUUACUAUGCGAUAAAUGACUUACCCAUUUACUUAUAACUGUGUAAUUUGUUGAUGAAUAUAAAACAAAGGACCUUUUCUCUGGCAUGCAUGGGACUGAAGGGCAUGAAAAGUUAAAAAAUAUCUACUCUUCUGUUUUUAUCAUUAUGGUUCCAACAGUAAAAAAAAAAUAAUGACAAUGUAUCCAUCUGUAUGCCAGGCUGAGAUCCCCGUAGAGGAAGGUAGCCCUAACACAGGUUUUUUCACAGUUGAGCCCCAUAAUAUUAUCCACUUAUUUUACCUUGUACUCUAGUAAGAUUGAUGAGCAAAAAUUAUGUAUUAGUAAAGAGUGUGUAAUGUUGAAUUGUUUGUGUGUUGUAGUGAAUGAGACAAAAUCCUGGAUGGCUGAGCUUGCUGGAUGCAUUAUUCUCUCUGUCUUUUCAUAAUCAUCAUAAUUUUUCUUCAUAUUUAUAGUGGUAAAGCAUUUGUCUUUUUAUCCUUAUCUUUAUCCAAUGUGUAAAUAUUUCACAUUAUAAAUGUACAUUACUAAAAAGAUAUUUAUAAAGCUUUUAUGCUGCUAACCUUAUUUAUGAAAAGUUUAUUGAAUUUUUUUAUCAAUUAGAGAUAUAGUUGUAUAUUACACUCAAGUCUGUAGCAUCUUAAAUAUCAAGACUUGCCUUUAACAUUUGGCAUUAUCAGCUUAGUUUCCUGUCUCCAGAAUCCUUCUCUAAACCUUGACAUUAUGAGCAGCUCUUGUUUAUUAAUACAUUUUAGGAUAGCAAUCAUGGUAUUUCACACAAGUUAAAUGGAGAAAAAAAUUCAUGUAUCUUUUAUGAAUAGGUACAGUCACAGUCAGAAGUUGCUUAUUGUGUCACACUCACUUCCAAAUUUUUAGCAUAUUCCUGCAACUUAAAGUACUCUUAUCUGUUGAAAACCAAUCACUUGUAACAUUUUGUGAGAUUUCCAGCAGAAGAGAGAGAUUGAGGAAGAAUGCAAAACAUGAUGGAAAUGAGUGCAGGUUACUCAGUACUUGAAUUGGCUCACAGAAUACUUUAGUUUUGCUCCCCCAAACCCCCCCCCCUCUCUCUCUCUCUCUCUCUCUCUCUCUCUCUCUCUCUCUCUCUCUCUCUCUCUCUCUCUCUCUCUCUCUCUCUCUCUCUCUCUCUCUCUCUCUCUCUCUCUCUCUCUCUCUCUCUCUCUCUCUCUCUCUCCCCCCCCAAGCUCAUUGACAUUCCUUAUCUCACAUUCCCCCUGACGUUCAUUUUCACACACAUGGUGAGUCAGCUUGCUAUAGUUCAUGUCAGGUGCAGUGUUGUGUGUAUCAGCAUUCUACAGCUCUCACUGUGAGCUUUAUACAACGAGCUACAAAUUCUGCCAUUUCAUCCUUGUCACAUUAUAUAUUUCCUUCUACUGUCUCACUUUAUUCUUGCUGCAUGCAGUGCCUGAUGCAAAAUGUCAUAUAAUUGUUUUUCAUUUAUCCUGUUCCAUAAAGGUAUAGUUUCAGGUAUGCUAUUAGGAAAGUAGUGGUGUAACUUCUUUUUAUAUUUCCCUUCCUCUGUGGGACAAAGUUUGUGAAAUAGCCACAUUCACAAAUAAAAAAAAAGUGUUGCAUGUUGAAACAUUUUUCUCAGAUAGAAUUAAAGAAAAUAUUGCAAGACACAAAACAUUUCUGCUUUGAUCCACAUGACUGUCAAACCUGCAAGUAUACAUUGUGUAGCCUUGUGUGUGCUCCAUGUAUGGUGUUGUAUCCAGCUGUAAUUAUAUUAUUUUGGACAGAUUUUGAACAUGCCUGUUAAGUCCCAUGUUGUCAAGGGAGUGGCACUGCAUUUAUAACAUGUACCCAGGUAAUGUGCCUGCCUGGCUCUGAGAUCUGGCUGUGCUGGCAACCAGAGUGUGAUGCUCUUGCUCAAUGGUAGUCCCACCCCAUAGAAAACUGCACAAGAAAAUGGAGCCGGCAAGUCUAGGAUAAGUAGAAUUUUGACAAUGCAGUCAGAUUUCUUAAAUUUUUACCUGAAAGUACCUAUUCACAGGUAAGUCAGGUGCAUGUUAUACAGGAAAAGCUUGCCAGUGCAUCCCAUUAUGUACAUGAUGCAGUGUGUAUUGCUCCCAGUCUAAUUUUGUUCUGAGUGUUCUGAAAAGUGGGAUGCCAGAUAAAUGGUCCCUACAUAUAAAUAUACAUGGUGAUAUUGGUGCUGUGUGUUGACCAAAAUAUGUAGUGUGUAGUUGUGCGUGCUGGCCACAUGUGUUCUUGUGAGACAUCUAUCAUUUUUCCUGAGAAAUUUAGUAUAUUUUUAGCUUUGUCAUGCUAGAUUUAUGAUUUAGCAGCACCACAAAUAAAUAGGAGAGGAACUUUUCAGUUGCUACAAAAUACAUCUUCACAUUUAGAAUUUUAAUAUAUACUAUUGGAUUUUACUUCAUACCUUCAUCCUAUUUAUUACUUGAUGCACUAGCAUUACAAUGAAGGUGUUGCACCUUAUGCUUACUUAAAUAUCUCCACAUUUCUAGAUAUGUAUUUCCACAUCUCAUUAUAUGUCAUUUAGAUACUGAAAACUGCUUUGUCAUAUCAUUCAUCUUUCAUUUUCAGUAUUAACACUUGAAUGAAUGAUGUGUUCUUGUUUUGUUUUUUGAAAUACAUGAGUUAUUUUCCAUGUAAAGGGAUUAAAGCAAAUUAUUUUUUGUAUUACUACCCAGUUUAUGUGACAAUGAUUGCUUUUUUUGGGAAAUAUAUUGACAUUUUCUCA